AUGAUUGAGAACCGAAGUGAAGGCAAAAUGGACUUCGUUGUCUCACCAUAUUUUAUUCUCCCAUUCAUCCUACUCUCGUACUGUGGAGUCGACUUAAUCAUCACAAAGCGCGUGGUACAGAAGAAUAGCGCGUAUCCUCUCCUGGGCAGCCCUUUAGUUACAAUCCCCAGAGUGUUACUCAAUUUGGUCUUCGCUGGUAAAGCAGCACAGAUCCUUGAAAAUGGCUAUAAAAAGCUCUGUGUUCGAAAUUCAAGUCUACCGCUCAUAUCAGCAAAGUUUAAGGACGGGGCCUUCCAGCUCGUCCGAGGCGACGGCAACAUAGUCGUUCUGCCGAAUUGUCUUCUGGACGAACUUUCGACCCUACCUUCAACGAUCGCAAGCCCGAAUGGUGCGCUCGAACAUGAUCUUCUAGGUCCAUACACCGGCCUGGAUCUGAUUCUGGAAAGCAGGCUACAUCAUGCCAUUGUACAACGCAAGCUCACUCCGCGUCUCGGUAUCCUCACCCCAGGCUUGGAGAACGAACUCAACGCUGCUUUCGAAGACUACUUUCCCACCUGCGACGAGUGGACCGAGUUUACGCCUUAUAAAAUAUUAGGGAAAAUAUCUGCAAGGCUCUCUGGAAGAGCUUUGGUUGGUCCUACAUUAUGUCGUGACGCCACAUGGCUGGACAUUUCAUUUGAUUAUACCGAGAACUUAUUCAGAACCGUCGUCCUGCUACGUCUAUUCCCUGAGUGGGUGCGCCCCUUACUCUGCCGCAUGCUUCCCUCCUACUGGCAUGGCCAAAGAUACGUUCGGUCAGCGAAAGCACUCCUUGGUCCGAAGAUUCACGAGCUUCUCUGCAAGAGCGAUGACUACUCAUGGGGUCCAGAAGGCCAUGAAGAAGACUCAAAUGUGCUCUCGUGGCUCGCCAGCACCGCAAAGGGCAGAGACCGAGAUCCAGACACCUUGGCCCACGUUGAGGUGCUUUUAGCCCUGGCCGCGGUACACACCACACUCCUCAGAAUGGUGAACGUUUUGUAUGACCUCACCGCUAACCCAGGCCUUCUUGAGGAAUUACGAUUCGAGAUCGAAGCCGAGGUCGAGGGCAAACAGGGAUGGAAUGAGGCAUCGUACUCACAACUCCAAAAACUAGACAGUGUCUUUCGCGAAUCCCAGAGGAUGUCACCGCCUACGAUCCUAGGGAUGAAGCGGCUAUUCAAACAAGCCCACACGUUCGAGAACGGUCUGCACCUCCCCAAAGGCAGUUAUGCAUGUCUCCCCAUCUUUGCAAUCGAGAACGACCCGGCGAACACUCCCCAUCCAGAAGUGUUUGACGGGCUGAGGAGCUAUAGACGGCGCCAGCAGGCCCAGACAAAUGAUAGCAAGCCGAAAGCCGGUAACGAAGAGCAUUUGUUCUCGUCAACAGAACAUAACAUACUCAAUUUUGGCUACGGCAAGUCCGCAUGUCCAGGCCGCUAUUUUGCCAGUCUAGUCCUCAAGAUCCUAUUCGCAAAACUGCUGACGGAGUACGAGUUCGAUUUCCUCCCGGGCACGAAACGGCCACAGAACAUCAUGAUCCAUGAAUUCCUGUUCUGCUGGCCGUGGCAAAAGAUGCUGGUGAGGCGAAAGAAAGAUGGGAUGUGCCCGUUCUAG